AUGUUUGUUCCAAGCCUUGGCCUGAAGGCGUUGACCAAACAAAGUAAGCUCGUUCAGGACCACCACGCCAUGGCCGACGUCGAAUCGACUCAACCGACAACAAAUGGGUCAGAAAAUCUCCCGGUCGAAGAUGGCGAUGAUGCGGAGACGAACGAAAUCCUUCUUAUGAAACAGCGAGUCGAGGAAAUGGAGAGAGAAGCCAAUAAACUGCGGGAGCUACAAGCAGCAGCGGAGCAAGCAGCCAACUCGGCGGACGAAAGCAGUGGAGGUCUGGAGGCGGAGGACGACAAGUCUCUUGCAGACAACAGAAGUGUGUAUGUUGGAAAUGUUGACUACGGCGCAACACCAGAAGAGAUUCAAGGCCACUUCCAAGCAUGCGGAACGAUCAAUCGAGUGACGAUUCUCUGCGAUAAAUUCACUGGACACCCGAAAGGAUAUGCCUAUGUUGAGUUUUCAGAGCCGGAACACAUAGAUGCAGCCGUGGCUUUGGACAACUCGCUAUUCCGGGGGAGACUCAUUAAGGUGACUGCUAAACGGACUAACAUACCUGGUUUUGGGCGUGGAAGAGGGAGGGGUAGGGCAGGCUAUAGAGGGGGUUACAGAGGGUAUUCUGGAUAUAGCCCGUAUACCAGACCCCGGGGCAGGGGAAGAGGUCGUGGUUAUUAG